AUGAAGGUUCUAGCAUCGAUUAUUUCCACCGCUUUCUGCCAGAAUAUUGCGACUAAUGUUAGAGAGAUGAUGUCCGCUAUCAACCCGGCGAUGGAGCAAGUGGCCUACGAGAACUACGGCUGCGUCGCGCGCGGCUUCUUCGAUCCUAUCUCCAAGAACCUUGGCGAGCCUGUCGAUGCCGUCGACAGGGCUUUCAACAGGUGGAAGAACUGCAGACGAUGUGCCAAGAAUGCGUUUGAAAAGACAGAACCAAUGAUCCUUCCUUAUUCAUACGACCUUUCAGCUCAAAAAUGCCUCGACGAGUUGAAUUCUGUGGAAAGAUCAGUCUGCGAGUGUGACCUUGAGUUCGCACUGAGACUCGACUCUGUUCCGUUGGAUCCAUCGCUGGCAGACUAUGAUGAAGGCAAUUGCGCUUUUCUUAAAAACAGAUCUAAACCCAACCACGGUUGCUGCGCGAAAUCAAGCGGCUCCUUCCAAUGGUACAAUGCAGAUCUGAUGUGCUGCGAUCGCUCAGGAGGGCUAAAGGCGAUAGGCGAGUGUCUAUAA